CUCGAAGGAGAGAUAAACAUUAUUUUUGAGACUUUUGGAACUUUAUUGUUUGAACAAUGGCCGAAAAAUUAACUGAAUCUGAGACACCUGUUGCAAUUAUGGAGGAGGAAGCCGUGACGCAAAUGCGCAAAGCAAGGCAAGGAAAAGUGUCUCACAUUACAAGGAGGAUCAACAUUGUGAAAGACUUAAUGAAAAACAAUGACUUUAUUGAUGAAGUGAAAGAAAAUAUGACUAAGUUUAAUGAGUUUUUUGAGGAAUUCAAAACCUUGCAUGCAUCAUACGCGGAUAUGCUUGAUGAAACCACACGCGUGGAAGAUGAGGAAAAUUGGUAUAAACCGAAGCUUGCAGAUAUCGCUGCUUUUAUUGAUAAGGUGUUUGAAUGGAUUAAGUCUGUCGAAAACUCUAGCUCCCCAAGCGCAACUGAAGUGACGACCUCUGCUAAUGUAGUACAAGUACACCAAUCAGACCCCUUAAUUCUUGACGGUGCCCAAGCAGAGCUAGACUUAUUUGAUGUCCAAUCGCAUAGGUCCAACGCCUCGUCGCGCAGAUCUCAUACUUCGACCAGAUCUUUGCGCAUUAAUGCAGAGGCAGAGCGAGAAGCUUUAUUGACCGAAGCGUCAAAACUGCAGCAAAAACAUGCAAUUGAGGAACAGGAAUUAUUGCUGCGCAAGCAAAGGGAGGCGCUGGAACUUAGUGUUAAAUUGGAUGCCUCAAACGCAAAAAUUAACUAUUUGAAGGCAGCUGAAAAGAACAGUUUAGGUCCUAUUCCGUUUGAUCUCGACGCAACGCACAUGUCUGCGCUAGGAGGAGGAGCGUCACAAGUAGAACAAUUGAAUGAAGAGCUGGAGAGCCCAAUUUCGUUUCUUGACACCCCCUCAGUGAAACCCAAAGUAAAUGCUGCUCAUGUUAAUGUCCCUCUGCUUAAUCCAGAUCACAACAUGGCUACAUUACCCAAUAGGCCCACCAGCAGUGAACAGGUGCAAUGCACUGCACUGCCUAGUCUCCCCUAUGGAGGUGAUAUUAAUAUUUCCUCACUCCAAAUUCAGCCAGCUGUUAGCUCAGCUCAAGAUGCUCUGCCUACACAGCCCCCUUCUCAGCCACCCACAAGUCUUUCUAUUGAAUCUCAGGCUAUGCCACUGCAGCCACUGUGGUUGAAGCCAAGGCCGCUACUGCAGCCUCAGCUACAAGCCCCUCUGCUAUCCCAGUCACUGCAGCCUCAGCCACUGCAACCUCAGCUACCAGCUCCGCUUCAGCCGCAGGCUCAGCCUCCGCCUCAUACACAGGCACCGCUUCAACUGCAGCAGCAGUCUCAGCCUCCACCUUCACCUCUGCCUCAACCACCGCUUCAGCCUCAACAGCCGGUGCCUCAGUUUCAACCGCCGCCAUUGCAGCCUCAACGCCGACCACAGCAACAGUCUCAACGACAACUACACCCUCAGCUCCAACCAAGUCAACCGCCUUGGCCCCAGCUACAACCUCCUCUGUUGCCUCAGCAGUUGCAGUCACAGCUUCGAACACAGCAGCCUCAGCCUCAACUGCAGUUUCGACCACCACAGGCCCUUCAGCCUCAACCACCACCUCAGAUACAAGCGCAGCUACAAGCACCUCAGCUUCGACCCCAGCCCACAUCAUGGCCUCAGCUACAGCAUCUGUCUCAACUGCCGCCGCAGCCUCAGCCCACACCACUGCCUCAGCUACAACUGCAGCCUCCACUGGCACUUCAGCCACAAUCACAAGCACAGGCUCAAACACCCUCUUCAUCCAGUUCUCAGCAUGAUGGUCACAUGAUCAAGGUACUGGAAAACCAAAAUGAACUGACCAGACUGCUGAUGAAGCAACAACUGUCAUCUACCUUGCCACAGGGCAACAUUCCAGUCUUCGAUGUCAAGCAGCUGCUACAGGAGCCCACCACAUCAUCGUCUCCCCAAGCUGAUGCCAGUGUGAGCGGCUAUGGCUGUGUGAGCAACAUCAGGCAGGUGAACAAGCAGAAUGUAGUGCAUGCCAUAUCAGAACUUGAAAUGUCCAGAAUUCACCCUCCACAGAACAUUGCAGUGCCAGGAUUGGAGCUGGCAGCCACUGCACUACUGGAGAAGGAGGACUGGAUGCUGAGGAGAGGACUACCCCUGGACAUGGAGUCAUCAGUCUUCUGGAAAAAAGAAGAACCCAUCAUCUCAAAGCACCACCCAUGCGAAGUGGAACCUGAAGGCAGAAGAUGGUCAGAACCUGGGUUGGCGGACAGCGCAUCACAGGAAAAGGAUAAAGCAGAUGCUGAAUCCCGAUGCUCUACAAUGAUCCAGGCCACCAAGAGGAAAGAUGAAGACCACAUCCGAUGCAAGAAACCUGGUCCAGGCUGA